CCCGUAGCUCUGGUUCUCAGGGGCAGGCACCGAAAGGGGCCUCCCCGCGCCACUCCCUCUCCCGGACUGUAAACUUUUCCGGCUUCCGCACUGUAGUCCUAAAACCGCUGGAAGUUCGAGAGCAUGGAGGCGGCGUGCUCGACCCCGACUGCGGGGAAGUUCGUGGUGGUCGGGGGUGGCAUCGCGGGUGUCACCUGUGCGGAGCAGUUGGCAAUUCACUUUCCAUCAGAAGAUAUUCUCCUGAUCACAGCUUCUCCUGUCAUUAAAGCAGUUACAAAUUUCAAGCAGGUUUCUAAAGUGUUGGAAGAAUUUGAUGUUGAAGAACAACCAAGUACCAUGUUAGGAAAUCGCUUUCCCAACAUUAAGGUUAUAGAAUCUGGAGUAAAGCAACUGAACAGCAAAGAACAUUGCAUUUUAACUGAAGAUGGCAAUCAGCAUAUUUAUAAGAAGCUCUGUUUGUGUGCUGGAGCUAAACCAAAGUUGAUAUGUGAAGGAAAUCCUUAUGUGUUAGGAAUCCGUGAUACAGACAGUGCUCAGGAAUUUCAGAAACAGCUUACAAAAGCUAAGAGAAUAAUGAUCAUAGGAAAUGGUGGUAUUGCACUUGAAUUAGUGUAUGAAAUUGAAGGCUGUGAAGUAAUUUGGGCCAUUAAAGAUAAAGCUAUUGGGAAUACUUUCUUCGAUGCAGGAGCGGCUGAAUUCUUGACUUCAAAGCUCAUUGCUGAAAAACCAGAGGCUAAAAUUGCACAAAAAAGAACAAGAUAUACAACUGAAGGAAGGAAAAAGGAAGCACAAACCAAAGCUAAUGCUGGUAAUACAGGCAGUGCCUUGGGACCUGAUUGGCAUGAAGGGUUGGAUCUUAAAGGAACAAAAGAGUUUUCUCAUAAAAUUCACAUUGAAACUAUGUGUGAAGUAAAGAACAUCUAUCUUCAGGAAGAAUUUAGAAUUUCUAAGAAAAAGUCCUUGACUUUUCCAAGAGACCAUCAUAAUCAGUUAGUUAUAGCUGACAAAGAGAGAUGGCCUGUAUAUGUGGAAUUGACCAAUGAAAAGAUAUAUGGCUGCGAUUUCAUUGUCAGUGCUACAGGAGUUACACCAAAUACAGAACCUUUUCUCUGUGGCAACAAUUUUGAUGUAGCAAAAGACGGUGGCCUGAAGGUGGAUGAUCACAUGCACACGUCCCUUCCUGACAUCUAUGCUGCAGGUGACAUCUGCACGGCCUCCUGGCAGCCCAGCCCAGUCUGGCAGCAGAUGAGGCUGUGGACCCAGGCUAGACAGAUGGGAUGGUAUGCAGCAAAGUGCAUGGCCGCAGCUAGUGCAGGCGAGUCUACUGACAUGGAUUUCAGCUUUGAACUUUUCGCUCAUGUAACAAAAUUUUUUAACUACAAGGUUGUAUUGCUGGGAAAAUACAAUGCACAGGGCUUAGGUUUAGACCAUGAAUUAAUACUGAGGUGUACCAAAGGACAAGAGUACAUCAAAGCCGUCCUGCAGAAUGGGCGAAUGAUGGGAGCGGUCUUAAUUGGUGAAACUGAUUUAGAAGAAACAUUUGAAAACUUAAUUUUAAACCAGAUGAAUCUUUCAGCAUAUGGAGAAGAUCUACUAGAUCCAAAUAUUGAUAUAGAAGAUUAUUUUGACUAAAAAGGGCAUUUCAAGAGCUACAUCGAGUUCCAAAUAAGACAAAAAAGUCACAUGCCAAUAAAGUAAAUUGACUGCACUGAUUUAAAGAUGACCAUCUGAAGUUAAAAAUACAGAAAUACGAAGAUUUUAAAAAUAAAAAUUCUAAAGAUGAAAUCAGUUCAAAUCAUUUAUUUAUAGAUAUAUUUUUUUCCUAACACAGAACUGACCACUUAAGUCUUAAGUAUUCAUUUCUGUGUUCUUAAACUUAGACACAUGCAUUUGUGAUUUAGAUUUGGAGCAAAUUUAACUAUGUUGUUAUCUACUUAGUCAACAGUGUGGUCUGGUUAAUAUACCAGAGCCAUUCUCUGUGAAAUGUCAAAGUAGGGCUGUGGUUUCAAGCAGCUUACAGUUUUAUUUUACUUAAAUAGAGGCGUAGCAUACUUGCUAAUAUUAUUUGUAUGGAUACCUUAUUCCUUUUUUAUUUAGUAAAAUAUUCAGUAUAAUAACAUUGUUAUCAAAAGACAGUUGUGUCAAAAGAAAAAAAUACAACUAGUUAUGGCAAGGCAUAAAGAGCUUAAGAUAGUUAUAUGAACUUAUUAAGUAUUUUACAUUUAAAGGGUUUUACAUUAAAAUGAUUUAUUUUUCCCUUGUUUCAUACUGUAAAUUUAUACAGUUCAUGAUCUCAAAAUUUCAAAAGGUCUCAAAUUCUCAAGUCUUCAAUACUUAAAUAAAUUCUGAAAAUAUAGCUCCAUAUGAAUAAAAUAUUAAUGAAAUUGUCUUAAAAUUAAACUUUUGAUUAACUACAAAACUAAUGGUGUAUACAUGCAUAAACUUUUUCUUAGAAGAUUUAGAAGCACUCAACUCAUGCAUUAUCAAUUUUUCUUUUCUUAGCCCCUGUAAUCUUACAAUCAGGUUGCUGAAGCAUGUUCUCCGACUUCUUCUGGAAGUUACUUGGAGUUUUUUCUUCCCUCUUUUUAUCAGCUCCUUCGGAAUGACAACUUUGAGGUGAUUCAGCCUACAAAACAACAGCAAGACAAACACUGGUUAAAAAUUCAGCUAUUCCAUUUUCUCAGGAGAUUAAUAAUCUCAAUAGUCCUUCUGUAUCACCUCUUUAAUUAAGUGUCCAGUGGUCUUGUUUUUUAUCUUCCAAUUUCUUCUAGUAUGCGCCCCAUCUUAAAUAGAAGGGGCUGUGCUGUCAAGACCGUAAAGAACACCUGACAUGUCCUUAGACACACUGCUGCCGGGUGUGCUUUUGCAGGCUUGAGAGCAGUUAGUUUGUGACAGUGCUUUUCAACCUCUGCUGCACAGGCAGACUUCUCAGCCAACAGUGACCACAAGCAAGGGCAGGGUGCCUCAUAACAUCAGACAUUAAAUGGAGUCUUCACAUCCCAAAAGGUUGGAAACCCCUAGUCUAUAUUCUUCUACUCAAUACCUCUACAGAACACAAAAGUAGGUUUUCUCUCUUCUAUACCCAGAUUCCAGGAAGAAAACUGACUUAAUCUCUUCUUAUGCUCCACUGGACCCAGGAGAGUACUAGUUAAAGAAAAGCAUCCCAUAGGCUUUAAUGUCUUUUUCAAAUAUAUAAAAACUAAAAAUUAAUAACUACCCUGAAACAGCUCUGCAUGGGCUUCUUUACUUGCAUUGUAAUAACAUGUUCCUCAUUGUUCAGAAGAUUAGCUUUAGGUCCUAUUUUCAGAUAUGAGAUGGUAGCAUAAGCUGUAAAACUGUAGUCUUCUCUGCAGAAGAUAAAGGCCAAUGAUCAGGUUUUGACAAAUUGCAGACAACAAACUGAAAUUUAUAAAAAAAAAAAAUAAGU